AUGUUCAGUGCGGGGAGCAGAUGGAACUACAACAUAAUCUGUAGGUUGUGCACUAUUCUUCUUUCUGUUUUCUACGCGAAAAAGGCACAAUUGAUAGAGCCUCUGGUGAAGGGGACACUUAAUGUUCUUACAUCUGCUGCUAAAGUUCCAUCAUCUUCCAUGGUUGCAGUUGUGUUUCCUUAUGAACCUCUGUUUUUUUUGUUAUUGAUAUGGGGUUGGUGGGAUGCCUUGCAGCAAGAAGAAAAAUGCAAUUGCUUAGUUAUUUAUCGAUUUCCGUGGAUGAUGAUACCUUAUGGGCUUUAA